AUGGCGGCCUCCAGGGCGCUCGGCACGUUCCGCCUCCCGCCGCUGCCCACGAUUCGGGAAAUCAUUAAGUUGUUCAAACUGCAGGCGGCGAAGCAGCUCUCGCAGAAUUUCCUCCUGGACUUGAGGCUGACAGAUAAAAUUGUUAAGAAAGCUGGCAAUCUGACAAACGCAUAUGUGUACGAAGUCGGCCCCGGGCCAGGGGGAAUCACAAGGUCCAUCCUCAAUGCCGGCAUUGCUGAACUUCUGGUGGUGGAAAAGGACAGUCGCUUCCUUCCUGGAUUACAGAUGCUCUCUGACGCAGCACCGGGGAAGCUGAGGAUUGUCCAUGGCGACGUCUUGACAUUUAAGGUCGAAAGGGCUUUUCCAGAAAGUCUUAAACGACAGUGGGAGGAUGAUCCUCCAAAUGUACAUAUCAUUGGAAAUCUGCCUUUCAAUGUGUCAACUCCACUCAUAAUCAAGUGGCUUGAAAAUGUUUCUCAGCGCGAUGGGCCUUUUGCUUAUGGUAGAACCCAGAUGACGCUGACGUUCCAAAAGGAAGUGGCGGAGAGACUUGCUGCCAGCACGGGGAGCAAGCAGCGCAGCCGCCUGUCCGUGAUGGCCCAGUACCUCUGCCACGUCCAGCACGUCUUCACCAUCCCAGGCCGGGCUUUUGUCCCCAAGCCGGAGGUGGACGUGGGCGUGGUGCACUUCACGCCCCUGAUGCAGCCCAGGAUCGAGCAGCCCUUCCAGCUGGUGGAGAAGGUCGUCCAGAACGUGUUUCAGUUCCGGAGGAAGUACUGCCAUCGCGGGCUGGGGAUGUUAUUCCCUGAAGCCCAGCGCCUGGAACGCACUGGGCGGCUGCUGCAGUUGGCAGAUGUGGACCCUACCCUUCGCCCCCGCCAGCUCUCCGUCUCCCACUUCAAGAGCCUGUGUGACGUGUACCGGCGGAUGUGUGAUGAAGACCCGCACCUCUUUGCCUACAAUUUCAGAGAAGAGCUCAGGAACCACAAGCGGCCCGGGCAGGACAAAGAGGCCGGCAGGGAGAGCCUGUAG